GAAGAUUCCCCCGAUUGUUUAUUAAUCCAAUUUCCUCUUCGUGGGCUCUCCCACCUUGAUCGAAAAUUUGAAUUUUUUGAUAUCCAGCAAGAACACGAGAAGGCACUCACAGAUCAGAGCUGACAGAACGUUUUAUCCCGACCAAUACGGAGUAUAUCUACGGCAAUGGCUCUAUUUAGAGAUAUGGCGGGGAUCCCUCCCCUCACGGCGUCAACUGCCGAUAGUACCCUGAUCAUCAUCGACGCGCAAAACGAAUAUGCCAAUGGUCUUCUCAAGGUUCGCUCUGUCGACCAAUCCCGCGCUGUCAUCUCUUCUCUUCUCUCCAAAUACCGCGCCGCUGCGCAGAAAUCCGAAAAAUCAAACAUCGUCCAUGUUCUCCACAAGGUACCGGAGGGUACUCCAGUGUUCACGCCUGGCACCCCGCUGGCGGAAGAAUUCGACGAGCUGAAACCACUGGAUGGGGAGAAGGUGGUUGUCAAGGAGUUCCCGAGUUCGUUUGCGAAGACGGGGUUGGACGAGUGGCUGAAGGGAAAGGGAUGCAAGAAAGUGGUGUUGGUUGGAUACAUGGCCCAUGUUUGUGUGUCAACAACAGCUCGGAGUGCGAACGAGCUCGGAUAUGAUGUUGUUGUUGCUCAGGAUGGUGUUGGUGAUCGAGAUCUCCCGGGAUAUAAUGGUGAAGAAGUGAAGAAGAUGGCGCUCCUAGAGAUUGCAGAUUUCUUUGGUACCUUGGUGGAUAGUAAAGAUAUCAACUAGGGAAUUGGUGGGUGUGUAAACUGGCAUUAUAAAUCACCGCCAAAAAAUAAAUGUGAAUAUUGCAAAUAUAUACCUCGAACAGAAUAGUUUGCCAAACAUUCGUUGUACAUAUUUACAUAGGCAGAUUCCAGGGAUUCAGAACCCAAUCACUGCAAAAUAUUCUGGGUCCAUUUGCUUGUUAGGCCGGUGUUUUGAUAAGGAAACUGAAUGAGUGCGAGUGCGCCUAUAUCAAGUCAAAGGACGGCCUUUGCCAACUAUCAGAUAACCAGCGGUAGUGUCGCAGGCAACGCAAAAGCCUUUUUAGCCUCUGUGCUAAUUCCAGCAUAUCGCAUCGCUACUCCUUCUCCAAGUUGAGUGCAACGGAGGCACAAAUAUCCCAUACCGUGCCAGAAAGGCCUUCUGGCUUCCUCGGCGGAAUGUGGAACGGACAUGGAAUGUCCUCGUGUAAUUGCUUAAAUCGAAAUAGGCAUCCAGAAGAGUUUCAAUCAGCGGAAGGCGGUAGGUGUGCUUCGCCGUUCCAAUACAAGGUUGUCCUCCAGAAUGCACUCGGGUUUGGUUCAAACUCCGGAAGCAAAAGUGAGCGCCUCCUCCCCACAAAUUGCGCGCAUGUGUCACCUUCAGUGGUUGCCGAGUGAAUGUCAUCGAAAGUACUUCCGAAAAAUAGGCCCGGGUCACGCAAAAGAAGAUCGAUUAGAUGAGAUUUUUCAGCCCCAGGAGCAUACAAAAAUGUCUCUUUGGCAACAAGUGCAAAGGCAUCUGGAUCUUGAACUACGUUGAACCCAGCAUACUUUAGCAGCUUCUUAUCCAUGUCAUUAAAAACAGGAUCUUGAGCAU